UGUCUUCACCCGCCAGGCUGCGUGAGCCGCACUUCCAACCACACGAGCAGACGCGUGUCAUCUUCCACGCGGGACACAUUCCACAUCCACGGCAGCAACAUGGCGACUGAGUUCCACAGCCUCCAGGAGAUGAGGCGCAGUGCUUCCCUGGUGAUGAAGGUCUUCAUCCAGAGAGACUACAGCGAGGGAACCGUCUGCCGCUUCCAGACCAAGUUUCCCUCGGAGCUCGACAACAGGAUUGAGCGGAACCUACUGGAAGAAACGGUGAAGACCCUGAACUCGUACUAUGUGGAGGCCGAAAAAAUCAGCGGCCAGUCUUACCUGGAGGGCUGUCUGGCUUGUGCGACGGCAUACAUCAUUUUCCUCUGCAUGGAGACCCGCUAUGAGAAGGUUCUGAGGAAGAUAACCAGUUACAUCCAGGAGCAGAAUGAGAAAAUCUACGCUCCUCGAGGCCUGCUGCUCACCGACCCCAUCGAGAGGGGAAUGAGGGUUCUGGAGAUCAGCGUGUUCGAGGACCGAGGCUCAGGCAGCUCCAGCCCCACCAGCAGCGUGUCGUCCGCGGGGGGGAGCGCCCGGUGACUGGAGGGCCGGCGCCAGGGUUACGGGUACAUGCACCACCACCACGGGGGCGGCGGAGCGCUCACCAGCAUCCGCAUGCUUAAACACGAGAGCACCCGCUUCUGAGACAUGGUGAGGAGAGGACCCUAACAACGUACCACCUCUGGAAACGGGAGGAACGCACACUUCCAUAUAAAACAAAUACAAACCCCGUUUCCAUAUGA